AUGUUCAUCAAUUCGAUGGACUGUUUCCUUACAUACAAUCUCACAUGUCUCAACGGUACAAACAAUCAACUGAAUUCGUCAUCGAUUGUUUUUGGCGAUGCACUUCGUCCCAAUCUCAUUGCGAUCGAUGAGAGCUCAUCAAAUGACUUAUCAACAUCCACAAGUACUCCCGUAGCAUCGUCGAUACUUGUUUCGGUGCAACAUUGUGUUAUAACAGUUCUUAUACUUGGCACAAUCAUUCUCUCGACAAUAACCGGAAAUAUCUUAGUUAUUGCUGCUAUUAUCAUAGAAAAAAGUCUGCAUUCGGUGGCAUAUUAUCUUUUCGUGUCAUUAGCAGUGACCGAUUUAAUGAUCGCUUCCAUGGUUAUGCCAAUUGCUGUCUUGAAAGAAGUGACACGUUCAUGGGUGCUUGGCUCUGUUAUAUGUGACAUUUGGGUUGCAAUCGAUUUAUUGUGUUGCACAGCUUCAAUUUUACAUCUUCUUGCUAUUGCACUUGAUCGUUAUUGGGCUAUUACUAAUCUGGACUAUGCGACAAAGCGUACACCACUUCGUGUUCUUAUUCUCAUAUGUGUUGUAUGGAUAACUGCGAUUCUUAUAUCAAGUUGCCAUCUCCUACCGAUAUUUCGUGACAAACGCCGUCGUCCCGCAGAUCAAUGUCACAUAACUGGCAAUGUACUCUACACACUUUUUUCAACUGUCGGAGCUUUUCAUAUUCCAUUGAUUGGUAUGUGUAUAAUCUAUUGGAAGAUUUUUCAAGCAGCGAAAUUUCGCAUACGUCGAAAAGCAUUCAAUGUCAACGCACCGACAUCUCCUGCACUGCAACAUCAGCAACAUGAAACAAUGCCACCUUCGCCAUCGUUAACACCCAAGCAUCACAUCGAUCUACGAAAGUCGCCAUUGAAUCGUUUAAAGUUUUUGAAAAGACAUCAGAAUGGAAAUCAUCAUGGACACGACAUUGAGGCUGAUAAUCCAUCGACAUACUCACUACCAGCAACGCUUCAUAAUGAUUAUCCAUUAAAACCAUUAAAAAAGGCGGCGACACCAAUAUUAAAACGUAAUCAUAAGAAAAAAUCGGAGGAAGAUCUGCAUCAGCAAACCAACCACUUUCUCGCCACACCAGGACGUUUAAGAACGACAGAAUCGUUUACUACUGAUCUACACAUGCCUAUCCACACUAUUCAUAAUCCACUAUCGAUACCAAAUCCGUCACCAUCAGGUUCACCCCGUCUGCAUGAUACACAUUUAGUUGUUACUGACGUGAAUAGUACUUCGAUAGUGAAAUCUGCUGCGGCUAUUUCGCGGAAGAAAAUCGACAUAAAACGUGAACGUAAAGCUACGAAAGUUCUCGGCGUUGUUAUGGGUUGUUUUAUUCUCUGUUGGCUCCCGUUUUUCAUCGAAGAAACUGUCUGUGGCAUAUUUCGACUAACUAUUCACGAAAAGAUAAUCAGUGUAUUGACGUGGCUAGGCUAUUUUAAUAGUCUGUUAAAUCCUGUGAUUUAUACAAUCUUUGCGCCUGAUUUUCGACAAGCAUUCGGAAGGAUUCUUUUUGGAAAAUAUCAAACGCCUCUUUGUCUCUUUCUGGGAAAAAAGAAGAACUAUCAAAGAGAAGAAAAAGCGGUUCAAGGCGUCACUUAUCGUACAUAUAAAAAUUCUUUCAUCCCGCUCAGUAGCAGCAUAAACAACUCAUUUCAAAAGAUCAAAAUGGCAUCCUGCGUUACGAAAACAUUGUGGAUCCUUUUAUUCAUAUUCACUCUUGCUCAAUGCAUCACCGCUUAUCGUUUAACCGAAGAAAUCGAUAUCCAAGAACCAGCAACAAUAGACUCGGAUUCAGCAGUGCCCAUACACAAUGAUGUCCGAAGUGUUUUAUGGCCCAAGAUCUGUUUUCCAGCAUUGAAAAAGCGAGAUGGACACGAAAUUACACCGGAUGGUCGUCUAGUCAGAGUUGCAAGCCGAAGCGCACGGAAAUGCUACCCAUUUGAUAAAUGA